CCCACCCACGCCACAAAAGUUAAUACAGAUAACAUUAUCUUGUACCAUGGCUAGUGCGGAGGAUGUGAAGCAGCGGCAGGUUGUUGAGGACCGUGCAAGAAAUAUUAGCCACAAUGUACGGUGCACUGAGUGUGGCAGCCAGUCCAUUGAAGAUUCGCAAGCAGAUGUUGCAGUUCUCCUUAGAAGGUUAAUUCGUGAUGAAAUAAAAUCUGGAAAGAGUGACAAGGAGAUAUACAAAAAACUAGAAGAAGACUUUGGAGAAACAGUUCUAUAUGCCCCUAAAUUUGAUCUUCAAACUGCUGCCAUAUGGUUAUCGCCGGUGAUUGUGGGUGGCGUAGCAGCUGGUGUGUGGGCUUACCAAAAGCACAGGCAAAGGACCAAUGUUCACAUCAUGGCUCUGAACCUCGUCCGAGGGGUUCCCCUGACUCCAAGGGAGAAGGAGACGAUGAUCGACAUCCUCACGCCGCCUCCUCCAGCAAGAAGGUGGUGGUGGCCUCUCAAAUGAUGUUCUUUCAUGUCCUUAGAUGCGACAUAGGAUGAAUACUCAUUUCCAGUGGUAGCAUCAUACAAAAUGAUCUGGAUGGCUGAAAUUUAGUGCAUGAUUUCAAUGCACCUCUCACGCCCUGCUUGAAGCUUGGGCCAUGGAUUUUCUUUGGUUUUAAACGGAUGCUUGCGAUGCAUUGGGGGUCGAGGAUGUACUCCUAUGAACCAAGCUGUAGUACAUGCUGCCUGCCUUCUGUAUGUAGGCUGUGAAGUUGAAAAACAGCUGCUGUUGAAGUGUAGCUUCUUCCGAGGCGUGCUGUUUUUUUUUUUUUGAACUGACAAACACGUGGUGUCACUGCGUAUUUUAUCCCCAAAAUAAGCUGAAGUUUUUAAGUGAUGA